UAAUCUUUAGUUCAGGAAGACGGACUGAAGUGAGGCGCGACGAUGACCCUUUGACAUCAAGAAUGGACAUAAGUUAACAAUGACGGGGGAGAAAAAGAAGAAGAAGCGGCUGAACCGCAGCAUUCUUCUUGCAAAGAAAAUUAUAAUAAAAGAUGGAGGAAGUCCUCAGGGAAUUGGUGAGCCCAGCGUUUACCAUGCUGUGGUGGUCAUCUUCCUGGAGUUUUUUGCAUGGGGUCUCCUCACCACCCCAAUGCUCACGGUUUUACACCAGACAUUCCCCCAGCACACAUUCCUGAUGAAUGGACUCAUUCAUGGUGUGAAGGGCCUAUUAUCAUUUUUGAGUGCUCCCCUGAUUGGAGCGCUGUCAGACGUAUGGGGACGCAAGUCCUUCUUGCUGCUAACAGUCUUCUUCACGUGUGCACCCAUUCCACUGAUGAAGAUCAGCCCAUGGUGGUACUUUGCAGUCAUCUCCAUGUCUGGCGUCUUUGCCGUCACUUUCUCUGUAAUCUUUGCAUAUGUGGCAGACAUCACACAGGAGCAUGAGAGGAGCACAGCAUAUGGUUUGGUAUCGGCUACCUUUGCUGCCAGCCUGGUUACCAGUCCAGCCAUUGGGGCCUACCUAUCUGUUGCCUACGGUGACACCUUGGUGGUGAUCUUGGCCACAGCCAUCGCUCUCCUCGACAUUUGCUUCAUCCUGGUGGCCGUACCAGAGUCGCUGCCUGAGAAGAUGAGGCCAGCAUCAUGGGGAGCACCUAUAUCCUGGGAACAGGCAGACCCCUUUGCUUCUCUGCGUAAAGUCGGCCAGGACUCAACAGUGCUCCUCAUCUGUAUCACAGUGUUUCUCUCCUACCUCCCUGAAGCCGGACAGUACUCCAGCUUCUUCCUCUAUCUCAGACAGGUCAUACGCUUCUCCUCUGAGACAGUAGCUGCCUUUAUUGCAGUUGUGGGGAUCCUGUCAAUACUAGCUCAGACGGUCGUGUUGGGUAUCCUGAUGCGUUCCAUAGGGAAUAAAAACACAAUCCUGCUCGGGCUUGGCUUCCAGAUCCUCCAGUUAGCCUGGUACGGCUUUGGCUCUCAGCCUUGGAUGAUGUGGGCAGCUGGAGCUGUUGCAGCCAUGUCUAGUAUCACCUUCCCUGCCAUCAGCGCCAUCGUGUCCCGUAAUGCAGACCCUGAUCAACAAGGUGUUGUUCAGGGGAUGAUUACUGGAAUUCGGGGCCUCUGUAAUGGUUUGGGCCCUGCUCUUUAUGGCUUUGUCUUCUACUUGUUCCACGUGGAGUUGACUGACGCAGACAGCUCUGAGAAAGGUGCCAAACCCAACAUGCUCGACCCCACUGACGAGAGUGCCAUAAUCCCAGGCCCUCCCUUCCUCUUUGGUGCAUGCUCAGUGCUGCUGUCUCUGUUGGUGGCCCUGUUCAUCCCUGAGCACACGGGGCCCGGCAUGAGGCCCGGUGCUUAUAAGAAGCACAGCAAUGGGGCACAGAGUCACUCCCACAGCCCACAGGGCAGCGGAGCAGAGGGCAAGGAGCCACUGCUGGAGGACAGCAGCGUAUAACCUCAGCUAAGAGGGGCAGAUUCCCUCAUUCCACCCAAAAAAGCCCCUCCACACAUGAACCGAUGCACACAUUUUACCACACGGACGCUCAGGCACCUCAGGCACAAAUCAAAGUGCUGUGAAGAGGAGUUUGUGACCGUAUGUUUGUGUCCACAGCACAAAAGUGGGUGUUCCAUCCCUCUCAGACCUUUUCUCUCUAAAAGCAGGGUUUUGUGAGGACUCUCAAAAGACCCUGUAUGAAGAGGCUGUUUUGUUUUUUCUUUUCUUUUUGUUUUUUCUGGGCUGCAGUUGAAAGGUGUGUGUUUGUGAGAUCUGGCUCAGCUGGACACCAGCCUCUGGUUUCUCUAAAGCUGUAACUGAGUGGAAAAUGCACCCUCCUGGUGCACAACACGGCCGAAGUAAUUUUGGUAGAGUGCAAGUGGGGUUUAUCUCAAAUGUUACUAAAAACCUGUGUGAGUCUUGAUAUUGCUCUCUUAAGUUAGUCAAGUAGCAACUUUGUCAACCCAGAGUGUAAAGGAGUUGAGCAUUUGUGUAAUGCUCUUUCACAAGCUAACUUCUGUUCUGAUGCUUCUUGUUGUAACUACAGCUCUUGAAGCAUCCAAGAAGGGGAACACAGUUCUUUCUCAGUGCACACAGCAGGGUAGUGCAGCAACUGGCGCUGCCUAAUCUCAGUUCAGAUGGUCAAGCAGUUCGGAUAUUAAAAGCUUUGUUAGGACCACACUUUGUUGAAAUAUCACACUUCUUGCGGAGAGAAGUGCAGAAAAGAGACCACUUUAUUAGCUCAACUGUUUUUCAAUGUUUACUUGCCAAUCUCUAGAUUCAUAGUACAGUUUGGGUUGUAUAUUUUUCUCUGUUAAAACUGAAGGCUCGUUGUGCUUCAAGUUUUUAUUCAAGAAACAAUUUUUGCCUUGAAGUGACUUAAGAUAUAUAUACAGAGACAUGUCACCUGUAUGAAGACCAAGGUCUGAGAAGGCUCUGUAAUCUUGCGCUAUUGCUCCCAUCGGAGCUGUUAGACACUUUUUAUUCCUUUUGUAUUCAUGCCCAUCCUGUAACUGUGUUUCUUAACAUUUAUCACCAUCAGAGUUAAACCUGAAAGGACCACAUUUUUCUUUUAAAAGCCUCUGGACCAUUCGGAGCUGGAGCAUCGCAAUCAGCAUGUCGGUGUCAGCACUGACUGUUGAUACUGAGGAUUAAUAUCUUUAGAUUCAAGAGAAUAUCAGUCAUACAGAUUCAGUAGAAAAUUCAAUGGUUAAGUGUGCUGUAGUGUGGUGAAUGUUUCCCUUUUUUUUUUUUUUUUUUUUUUUUUUUUUCUCCACCCCGUUCUCAUUGGAUAAGACCCUUAACAGUUUUCUUAUAUUUAAGUUGUCAUGCAAACACAAAGACGCACAACAUAAUUAACAAAUAGUAACCUGUGGCUCGUAGUACUUCAUUGAACUGACUGGUGACUCGGGUUUAAAGUUUCAGGGUGCAACAUAGUUGAAUCAGCAUAAACGUAAAUGUGAGCAAUUAAAUCCACAGAUGAAGCUGGUCCUCCUCUCCACCCUCUGUUCUGAUAAGUAAAACCAAACGCUUGCUCGAGAGUGGACCUUCUCAUUUCUUUUUCUUGCCCACUUGCAAAGGAAGGGUGAGAUUGGGGUUAUCCUGUUGGAUGGAGUCUGCAGUUGCUGCACCUCACACAUGUACCUUCUAACAAGCUGCAGGUUCCACACAAACGAGCAGUCUGGUCAUGUUAGACAAGCUCUAUAUAUACAGACCAGUACCACCAUGAAGACUGAUGCAGCAAUGGUUUACAUAAAGUAUUGAUGGCACCUACAAGAAAGGAAAGGUUUUUUUUUGGGGGGGGGGGGUACAUUUUCAAUAAAUGCAUAUAAAUACAAACUAAGAAUUCCUUUUUCUGAAGGGUAAUGAAGAAGAGUUUCUAAGAAAGAAAUGUAUGACUUGAGUGCUUUUGAAAUCUGAAACCUUCUAAUACACCACUCUGACUUUGUCAAAACUUAAGGAUCAGGGUUGUUUUUUUUUUGUUGUUGUUUGUUUGGGUUUUUUUUUUUUAUUUAUUUUUUUUUUUUGCUUUUUGUUUUGCCUUUAGAUGGUUCAGCUGCCAAUGAGUUUUGGUCCUUUUUAUUUGUUCACAUGCGUUAGCAACCACAAAAUCCCAAUGUUCAACAGUGAAUUUACAAAUGCUUCUACUAGCAUGCAGUGGAUUUCAUACUGUUUAACAUCUAUUUGAACUAAGAUGUCACAAACUGUGCCAAAAUAGUUUGUUCUGCUUUUCUUUCUUUUUUUAAACUUGUUGUACUUUGUGUAUGUGUGCUUGUGCUCUUGAGUGAUAUGGGUGUUUUGUUUUUUGUUUUGUUUUCACUUUUCUUAAUUUCUCUGGCAGAAAAUUUAAGGUUUAAUGCUAUUUUUAUAGCUUUUUUUAAAACUUCAGUCAUUUUUAGUUUUUGUUUUUUUUUUUCAAUUUUAUUCUUACAUGAUAACCUAUCAAAUCACCACCUCUCUCUCUUCAGUCUGGGUUUUCAUUUAAUAACAAGCAUUUACAUUUUGGCCUUUGUUAAGCAUUUUUUUCCCCCCAGAUUUGUCUCUGAAUGCUCCAAGCAGAGAUGUACAUGUUGACCACACAAUACCCUCAAUAUUCUGACUUAAUCUGUCAUAGUUUUUUAUUCUUUAGGGGUUACUACACAGGAGGCCAUUUAAAGUUAGAUUAUUUUCUGCAUUUGAUUCUCCCUUUAUCAUUUAUUAGACCAACACUGAGGCAAAAUCAUCAGUUCAGAACGUAAAUAAAUUGGUUAGAUUCUGCACCAGCCCCCAUGUGCACUCAUACAGCCUCUAAGCAGAUGACUGUAAAAUGUACAAAAAUCUCCUGUGCAUACAGCAAAUGUAUAUAUUUAUUACUCAAGGAGAUGGCUGCCUCUAGGUCUAUUCGGUUGUAUGGUGCAAUUAUCUAUAUUUCUCAAGACUUACCUGCUAGCCACUCUUGUUUUUAGUACAAUGUGGUUUGUGGCCUGAACCCCUUCUCUGUGUGCCUAAAAUUAGCCAAGAAAUGAGUAUGGCAACAUAAGUAAAUGGUGGUUAUUAUGUAAAUAUGGGAAACUAAUGAUGAACUAUUUAUUAAAGGUUUAUUGUACAAUGAAA